AUUUUUGCCGUGCGACUGUGCGACUCGUCAAAAACAGAAGUCUCAUCAAACAUCUCAACUGUUCCCCAAAACCCCUCAACAAAGCCAUCCCCUUUUUAUCGAUCUUUUUCAUUGUUCUUCAGGGCUUCAAACUUGUUCUCAAUCAGCGUUAGAAGAUGGCCAGGUUAGUUUGAUUACUAGAAUCCUCCUUGAUCAGCACCCUUAAGUUCUUGGGAGUAUGUCUUAAACUUUGAAAGGAAGAAUGUUCAUCUUUUAGUGGCUAAUCAGACUGAAUUCAAUUGGGUAUUCUGUUUAUUUUUCUGGGGUUUUUCUUUUUGGGUUUCAUUUCAGGGACUAUGAUUUUGUGUUAUUUUUGUUUGGUUUUCUUUAUCUUUCGUUCUGUCCCCAUCACUUUCUUUUCCUAAUUGUCAUUUUUCUCACUUCACUUAGUUAUUUUUCAUCAACAUUAUUAGCCUAAUUACCAUCAAUUGUCUUUGAAUUCGUUGGGUCUUGAAGGUUAUCUUGUUUGUUGUUGACAUAUAUCCGAAAAGAGGGCUACAGGUUAAGAAUAUUAUGGGGUUUUGGUGGGGGCUUUUGAUCCAACCUCCUGUUUAAAUGUAACCACUUUUCUUUAUUUCUGUUCUUUUGGCAUUUCUGUUCAAUUAUUAUUAUCAUUAUCAUUUUUUUCUAUCUGCUGUCUAAAUUGUUCAAUUCCCCCUCUUUUGUGCUAUUUGGGGUUAUUGGUUGUAGGUGCUUCUUGUAGUAGUAGUAGUAGCCCUCUUCAUUUUGUUCACUUCAAUGGCUGAGUUGAGUGGACCGAGAUUGUAUUGCUGCUGCAAGUGUAGGAAUCAAGUGGCACUACAUGAUGAUGUCAUUUCUAAAGCAUUUCAGGGAAGGAAUGGCCGGGCCUUUCUCUUUUCUCAUGCAAUGAAUUAUACCGUGGGGCCUAGUGAGGAUAGGCAGCUCCUGACCGGUCUCCACACAGUUGCUGAUGUACGUUGUUCGGACUGUCAGGAGGUGCUAGGCUGGAAAUAUGUACGAGCAUACGAAGAAACGCAGAAGUACAAAGAAGGGAAAUUUAUCCUUGAAAAGUCGAAGAUUGUCAAGGAGAACUGGUAGCAGGUCUAGUUAAGACCUGCCUUGCCUGUGGUUUAGUCUUAUUAAUUCUUUGUGAGAGGCGCUGGCUGGAUGGUUGCAUAUAUGUAUUGGGUUAGUUAUGAUAAUAUCACAAGGUGUUGAUUCAUUGUUUGAUGUGGAUAUUUCCUUUGAUUUUCUCAAAAUUGUAUUGUAUAGUUUGUCGAUGUGCAGCAGAACUUGUACUGUUGUUCUUUGUUAAUUAAAUAAAAUUGCAGAAUAGUCCGCUGUGUCGGUGCCUCAUGUACAGAAUUUAUGUACGGAAUUUAUCAUUUACAAGAGUCCAACUCUGCAUUUACUUGCAACCAAUUGUUCUGGUUCUGCCUACUUUUAUCAUUUACUACUUCUGAAUGGCUAUUCAAUAUGAGAUGAGAACGUUUCUUUCCUC